AUGGCAACUUGUCCCAAUGAACCUAUCGCAAUCAUCGGCAGCGGUUGCCGCUUUCCGGGAAGCGCGAGUAGUGCAUCUCGCCUCUGGGACCUGCUGCGAGACCCCCGAGACUGUCUGACUGAGAUCCCGAAAGACCGAUUCAACUGGGAAGGUUACCACUACGCAAACGGAGCACAUCAUGGAAGCAACUCAGCAAAAUAUACCUACUUUUUGGAGGAAGAUAUCCGCAAAUUCGACCCGCAAUUCUUCAACAUCCAGCCAGGAGAGGCAGAGGCAAUUGACCCGCAGCAACGAUUGCUCCUGGAGACCGUCUAUGAGGGGCUAGAGUCUGCUGGUUUGCCACUUGAAAGCCUUCAAGGUUCCUCGACAGCCGUUUAUGUAGGUAUGAUGAACUGCGACUACAAUGAGGUGAUGCAGCAUGAUAUAGAUUGCGCGCCGACCUAUGUGGUCACCGGUACCUCACGCAGCAUUCAUUCAAACCGUAUCUCCUACUUUUUUGACUGGCAUGGGCCAUCUAUGACUAUUGACACUGCGUGCUCUUCUAGCAUGAUGGCUGUUCACUUGGCUGUGCAGUCGCUCCGAAGUGGAGAGUCGUCGGUGGCUGUUGCCUGUGGUGCAAGUUUGAUUAUCACCCCCCAGAACUACGUCAUCCUCAGUAAUCUGAGCAUGAUUUCUCCCGACGGCCGUGCAAAGAUGUGGGAUGCAAGUGCAAACGGGUACGCCCGAGGCGAAGGUGUUGGCGCCAUUGUGUUAAAAACACUAAGCGCAGCAAUCGCAGAUGGCGAUCCAAUUGACUGCAUUAUCCGCGAAACCAGCGUCAACCAGGACGGCCGCACACGCGGUAUCACCAUGCCGAGCAGUACAGCCCAGGCGGACCUAAUUCGAAAGACAUACCAGCGGGCAGGACUGGAUAUCACCAAACGAGAUGAUAGACCUCAAUAUUUUGAAGCUCAUGGGACUGGGACAAUGGUUGGAGACCCGAGGGAGGCUGAGGCGGUGCAUAAUGCCUUCUUUGAUGGACGCGAGGAGGGCCUUGGGGAGGAUGAUGCCAUCCAUAUUGGGUCUAUCAAGACUGUCAUUGGCCACACCGAGGGUACUGCUGGUCUUGCCGGAUUGCUCAAAGCGGCUCUCGCGAUUAAAUAUGGCUAUAUUCCGCCAAACAUGCUGUUCAACCACCUGAACCCGGCGGUGGCACCUUAUGUAAAGCAUCUUCGCCUAGUUACAGCUCUGAAGCCAUGGCCAAUACUUGUCAGCGGUGCACCGAGACGGGCAAGCGUUAAUAGUUUUGGCUUUGGUGGUGCAAAUGGACACGCUAUCCUGGAAAGCUAUGAAGACACGAGGUGUGCUCACACAAAGUCUGACAAGCAAACAUCAACAGUGGCAACGCCAUUUGUGUUCUCGGCUCAAUCGGAGCGGACCCUCGUGUCAAUGCUACAGAACUUCUCCGAGUAUCUCAAGUCUUGUGCCGAGAUGGACCUGCGCAGUAUCGCUUCAACUCUGCAAUACAAACGAUCAACAUUCAGUGUGCGAACAGCAAUCACGGCACUCAGCAUGGAUGAUCUUCUAUCUAAACUGAAUACUAAGCUGUUGAGCUCGACGGAAACUCCGGUCGGUAUCAAGUCACCUCUCAAACAUGACGCACGAAUCCUCGGUGUUUUUACAGGACAAGGCGCACAGUGGGCGGGUAUGGGUCAGAAGCUACUUCAAACCUCUCCUAGAGCCCGUGAGAUAGUACAAGACCUGGAUAAUGCACUGGCAAGCCUUCCACAAGAGCACGACCGUCCUUCAUGGACAGUACAAGAAGAGCUUGUGAAGUCCCCAGAUGACAGCCGUAUUAGGGAAGCAGCCAUCUCCCAACCCCUUUGCACUGCCAUCCAAAUUUUGCUUGUUGACAUGUUACAUAGUGCCGGCGUCAAAUUACAUGCCGUCGUAGGGCACUCGUCUGGUGAAAUUGGCGCUGCAUACGCGGCUGGCUUCAUCACGGCAUCUGAUGCCAUCCGCAUCGCUUACUAUCGUGGCAUUUACGCAAAGCUCGCAGGUGGACAAGAGGGGCAACAUGGAGCAAUGAUGGCAGCUGGAAUAUCACCCAGUGAAGCCAAUGAGCUAUGUGCAGCACCCAAGUUCCACGGGCGUCUUUCAGUGGCUGCGUGUAACUCUUCUGCAAGCGUCACCAUCUCUGGAGACUAUGAUGCCAUUAACGAGGCGAAAUUGGAACUCGAUGAGCAUAAGAAAUUCGCCAGGGUGCUAAAAAUAGACACGGCUUACCACUCGCACCAUAUGCUACCUUGCGCAAAACCCUACCUUGAUGCAUUGCAAUCGUGCGAUAUUCGCCCAGUAUCACCCGUAAAGGAAGGCUGUUCACCCGUUUGGUUUUCUAGUGUCCAUGCUGGUGAGCUCAUGUCAAAAGCUCGCUCUGGGCUCUCCGGCGAAUACUGGGUCGCCAACAUGACACAGCCGGUUCUUUUUGCUGGCGCACUGGAGGCUGCACUUAGCACAACAGAGGGGGCAAUCGAUCUAGGAAUCGAAGUCGGCCCACACCCUGCCCUUCGAUCUCCCACUCUGCAAACAAGCCAGGACAUGGGCGUGACCAAGAUCCCAUACAGUGGAGUCCUAGCUCGGGGAAAAGACGAUCUCAGUGCGUUUUCAGAGGCACUGGGGAUGCUGUGGACCUACUGUGAGCGUGGCACAAUCGACUUCGCCCGCUUCGACCAGACGUUCUUCUCCAACGCAACCAAGGUAUCAUUUGUACGGGAGAUUCCAACCUAUCCAUGGGACCAUGAACAAUCCUACUGGUUCGAGUCUAGGAAGGAAAGGGCCGGGCGCAACCGACCUGGGCCGGUGCAUAGCUUACUGGGCGUUCGCUAUGGUGAUACCACAGAUACCGAGCUCAAAUGGCGAAACUUCCUCAUUCCCAAGAAGUUACCAUGGCUCUCCGACCAUCGUCUUCAGGACCGGGCGGUGCUUCCCGGUGCAGCAUAUGUGGUGAUGGCAUGUGAGGCGGCCUUAUUGAAGACGCAAGCUGGGAAGGUGCGACUUAUUGAGGUCAGUGACUUGACUAUUAAUCGGGCCAUCUCGUUCGACGAAGAGACCACAGGUAUUGAGGUCGUUUUUACCUUGUCAAAUUUUGAACAGACACGGAUAAACAGCGGCUCAGACAAGGAAACGUUUAGUGCGAACUGGAUGGUACAAUCUCCGACGAACAAGGAGACAGACAAGUUGGGCUUGGUUGCUAGUGGAUGUGUUUCAUUGCUCUUAGGUCCAUCAGAGCCUAGUGUGCUUCCGGGUCGUGCUUCGGAGGAUGCCCUGCCAAAUAUGGUUUCUGUCGAUGUGGAUGAAUUCUACACCGGACUUUACAAGCUCGGGUACGGGUAUACUGGGGAUUUCCGGUCUAUUUCCCGCUUGGAGCGCAAGAUGGAGCACUCAUCCGGUUGGUUUGAACCUCAAGCACCAAUUGAGGAUGCGAUUGUGCAUCCUGCGUUGUUGGACGUCGCAUUCCAGGCCUUGUUUGCGGCCGUUAGCUACCCCGGCGAUGGUGGGCUUUGGAGUCUACACGUGCCAACUGAAAUUCGCGCAGUCAGGAUCAAUCCAUACCAUUGCCACCAGUCUGAAAUACUUUCAUUUGAUGGCACUUUCCCGAAUUCCUCUCACACUGGAGACGUUACUAUAUAUACCAAUACAGGAGACGCUUUUAUCCAGGCCGAGUCCGUCUCUUCGGUGCCCUUCACAAAGGCGACCGAAGCCGACGAUCGCAACAUUUUCUCUGAAGAGGUCUGGGCACCGAUAGACCCCGAUGGGAGUUCUGUGAUAGAGGCACGAACUACAGCCGAGGACAUAGAGCGUGCCUAUGCAUGUGAACGAGCAGUCCACUUCUACUUGAAGAAACUCAGAUCGGAGGUGUCGGCCCUGCAAGAGCGCAAUGCCGCGUUGCAUCACCAAAAGCUACUGGCUUGGGCUGGCCACCUGAUUUCAGAGGUGGCCAGUGGUAAGCGACCACAUUGCGAGGCUGAGUGGGCAAGCGACACGGAAGAAGAGAUACAACGGAUAUUCGACAGAUACCCCGACGAUAUUGACUUGAAACUCAUCAAAUCCAUGGGACAAGCUUAUCCGUCUAUUGUUCGAGGCGAGACAAAUUCCAUGGAGCAUCUCGUCAAGGAUGACAUGCUGGACGCAUGGUAUACCGAAGGGCUCGGGUUUUCCGAUGCUAACGCCUGGACUGCGCGCCUUAUCAAGCAAAUCUCACAUCGGCAUCCUCACAUGAAUAUCAUUGACUUGGGAGCCGGCACUGGAGGGACAACCAAGAUCAUCCUCGACCAUCUUGGUCCUGCCUUCAAAUCUUAUACGUACACUGAUGUCUCGACAGCUUUCUCCGACAAGGCACAGGAGAGGUUUAGUGCCUUUGCUAACAGGAUGAUCUUCAAGUCCUUCAAUAUCAUGAAUGAACCAAAGAGCCAGGGAUACGAGGAGCACUCGUACGACCUUGUAGUCGCUUUGAACGUCAUUCACGCUGCCAAGGAUAUGGGAGAAGCCCUACGGCAUGUUCGCUCACUGUUAAAGCCAGGUGGAUACUUAAUGCUUCUCGAGCUGACAGACCCGCAGCCUAGCCGAAUCGGGUUCCUGAUGGGUGGUCUCCCUGGUUGGUGGCAUAGCCAGGGAGAAAACAGGAUGUGGGCGCCAACAUUAUCCACGGCGCAGUGGCAUUCUCUAUUGCAGAGAACAGGGUAUUCGGGACUUGAUACACUUGCCAUGUUCGCCCAAGAUAGAGUUGCCUAUCCCUUCUCGGUCUCUGUCACGCAGGCAGUUGAUGAUCGUGUUGCUUUCCUUCGACAGCCCCUUUUUUCGAGGACUACGGAGGUACCGGGCGCAGAAAUGGACGAUCUUCUCAUUGUUGGAGGAGCAACGCUAGAGACUGCCAGGCUGUCCACAGAUGUCCAAUCCAUGGUUAGCCAGCGUUUCCGCAUGAUAACAACGAUCGAGACACUGGAGGAAGUUAAUGGCCUCUUUGGAGAUGAUGACCUACCGACCACAAUCCUUGUACUGACUGAGUUGGAAGCCCCCAUUUUCAAGGGGAUGACUGCCAGUCGCCUACAGGCCGUGAAGGCGCUCUUCACAAAUUAUCACAAUUUGCUCUGGGUCACCCGUGGUUGCAAGAGUACAAAACCCUACAACAAUAUGACGAUUGGACUAGGUCGGUCUGCCAUCAAUGAGCAAAAGGAACUCCGACUACAGUUCCUCGAUGUUGAAGAGAGCUCUACUACAGUAGGACUGGACGCUCGGCGUCUGUCUGAGAUGCUCUUGCGUCUCCGUGUCACUCAACUCUGGGAACGCGAAGGCCUUCUUGACCAGAUCCUGUGGACGACUGAGCCUGAAUUUUGUAUGAGCAAAGAUAAUCGUCUGUUGGUUCCACGACUGUACCAACAGAAGGCCCAAAAUAAUCGGUACAACUCCAAGCAGCGACAGAUAUCGUAUGAAGUCUCACCGGCCACCGACAGGGUCUCCAUCGCUUACUCGGAGCCAUUAAAAGUUUUCAGACUUCUCACCGAAACCGCCCCCAGGGUUCCUUUGUCCCAAGUGCACUUUGUAUCUAUGCAGGUGCUGUAUUCCACUCUCUCGGCGCUCAGGCUGCCAGGCGGGCAGUAUCUCUUCCCUGUCAUCGGCAGGUGUAUAGACACCAAUGAAACCGUCUUUGCUCUUUCAGCGUCAAAUACAUCGCUUACUGCGGUCCCAAAGGAGUAUGUUGUCUCCGUCAAGGUGGCAUCUGGUGAAGAGAAAAUUCUACUUCUUCGACUGGUCUGGGAGUUAACGGCCCAUGCUACCAUCUCUAAUGCCACCGCAGGCGAAGUAAUCUUGACUCUGGGAGUUGGCACAGAGCUCCUCGAGAUUCUACGAUCUCAUGCCGAUCAGCGCGGUAUAUCCAUACUUGCAAUUACCGAUGACCCGCGGUUCAAGGGGGAUGUCCGACACAUUUUCAUCCACCCUCUGGGGUUUAAAAAAGUGCUGAAGGCUAAAUUGCCCUCUAAUAUAUCGUCAUUCCUGAAUCUGUCCUCCUCAGACCCCACUAAGAAUAGCUUGCAUAUGCGUCUGACCUCCGCUCUUCCGGCAUUCUGCCAGGUUCACACUUCAACUACAUUGUUUUCACCAACUUCCCUUUUCUCAAGUACCUAUGUUCAGGGUGCAUUACAAUCCUUCCUGCAUGAUUUGCUUGCGGGAGUGCCGCAAGAGGCAUAUCAAGGAGUUUCUGAUAAAUACGGACCUCACGCCGAUAGCCUCACGCGUACCAUCAGACAAGUGCCCCAGCUUAGCCCAGCAGAUGAAGAAGUAUUUGCCAUCGUCGACUGGCAUUCCGAUAAUACUGCUCUCGUUGAGGUCGCACCAGUGGAUCAUGGAAUCUCGUUCCUAGCAGACAAGACAUAUCUCCUUGUUGGACUAACCGGAGAUCUCGGACAGUCGCUUUGCGAAUGGUUCGUCAAGAAUGGAGCUAGGAAUAUUGUUUUGACCAGUAGGAAUCCCAAAGUUGAGCAAAAGUGGCUUGAUAUCAUGGAGGCUGCCGACGCGACCGUCAAAAUAUGUGCGAUGGAUGUCACAAACAAGGCAUCAGUAACAGCCGUCUACGAGGAGAUCCGUCAGAUCCUUCCGCCCAUUGCUGGAGUGGCAAAUGCAGCCAUGGUUAUGCAAGAUAUCAUGCUAUCGAACAUGGAGCUUGAUGAUCUAAUAACUGUGAUGAAGCCCAAGGUGGACGGCAGUCAGUAUCUUCACGAGGUGUUUGGUGACAAUCAUCCACUCGACUUUUUCAUUUUGUUUUCUUCACUGAGCUAUGUGCUUGGGAAUGGUGGACAGAGCAGUUAUGCUGCGGCCAAUGGCUACAUGGCAUCAUUGGUGGGCCAGAGAAGGGCACAAGGACUGGCCGGCUCUGUCAUGCACAUUGGCGCCAUUAUUGGAGCCGGAUACAUUACGCGCGCUGGUCAGCUGAAGUCCGGGGAUUUAGCUGCGUUUGGAUCCUACCCUCUCUCGACCGCGGACUUCCAUCAAAUAUUUGGGGAAGCUGUGCUGGCUAGUCCUCCUCACUCGGGGCGAAAGCCAGACAUUGUCACUGGCCUUCGAGUGAUCGACCCGGAGAUCGAUGAUCGCGUGCUCUGGCGGUCGAACCUCAAAUUCUCCCACUUCUUGAAGUUCGAAGAACAGAUGAAGACCAGUGGGGAUACGAAACGGUCCGUGGCGCCUGUCAAGGUCCAGCUGGCCGAGGCGACAACCACAGCGCAGGCUAGGAAAAUCAUCCAAGAAUGCUUCUCCGCCCGAUUGGUUGUUCUGCUUCAACUCAAAGCGGAUGAUAUGGACGACAAUGUCGCUCUUGUUGAGCUCGGAGUAGACUCUCUCGUCGCAGUCGAGGCACGAUCCUGGUUUACAAGGCACUUAAACGUCGAUGUCUCCGUCUUGCGUAUUCUGGGAGGCGCAUGUGUCGUUGACCUUGUGGAGGAUACACUGGGACGCAUAGGAUCGGAGCUCCUUCCCAAAGUCAAGUCCGCCGUGGAUGAGGAACAGCCGGUAGUUAUCCACAAGAUCUCGACAGAAGAUGAAGGAUGCUCCAUUGGCCAUGCCUCGUCUUCGGUUCCAAUCGUAGAAUUGACUGACGACACUAUUUCAUCUCAGGAUGACCGUGAUACGCCAAUAACCCCCGACUCAGAGCUCGAUGAGAAUCAGAUAAAAUUUGAGCCUGUUGUGGUUAGAAAAGAGCAGAUGUCCUACGCCCAGUCCCGUUUCUGGUUUUUGCGACACUCCUUGGAAGACAAAACCGCAUUUAAUAUCACUUUCUCGCAUAUCCUGACAGGCAAUGCUAAUCUUGAGGAGCUUGGCAAGGCCAUCAAAGCAGCAGCUAACAUGCACGAAGGCCUUCGUACAUCCUUCUUUGAAGAGGGUAAUGUCCCGAUGCAGGGGAUUAUGCAAGCGUCCCCUUUAUAUCUCGAGAGUCGGAAUAUCCAUUCCGAAGACGAGGCCAAGGCCGAGUACGACCGACUAUGUCAUCACGUCUAUAACCUUGAAACAGGGCAAUCGAUGCGAGUCAUUCUGUUAAAAAUGUCAUCUAGCAAGCACUAUUUGAUUGUAGGAUAUCAUCAUAUUGCCAUGGAUGGAGCCGGAUUCGUCGGCUUCCUACAUGAAGUGAUGCGCAUCGGCGGAGGAGAGUUACUGCCCACGCCAAUCCAAUAUGCCGACUAUUCCCGACAGCUCAGGGAGGAUGUUGAGGGUGGGAAACUGGAUCAACAGUUGUCUUACUGGCGCAAGCAGUUUGGUGACGACAAUCCUCCACCACCGGUUCUUCCUCUACUACCCUUUUCCAAAGUCAAAGUCCGGUCACCCCUACGGUUAUAUGCAUCCAGCUCCACUAGCGUGAGAAUUGACCCAGUUCUUGUUGGGCGUAUAAAACGGAGAGCUCGGAACUUUCAGGCCACUGCCUUUCAUUUCUACCUGGCUGUUUUCAGAACCAUGCUGUUCCGGCUUUUAGAUGUGGAUGACCUGUGCGUCGGUAUUGCUGAUUCCAAUCGCCUUGAUUCUGAACUACAGAGAACAAUGGGGAUUCUUGUAAAUCUUCUACCAUUGAGAUUCAAGUCACCACAGCUAUCGACGAUGACAUUCGGCGACGCUGUCAAGGAAGCCAGUAAGACAGCAUACAGCGCCCUUAAGAAUUCAAGAGUCCCCUUCAAUGUGCUGUUAGACAAUCUCACAGUGGAUAGAUCGUCCUCGUAUCAUCCGCUCUUCCAGGUCUUCUUUGACUACCGACCGGGUAUCCCGGAGUCCUGGAAGAUGGGCGACGUCAACGUGCAGAGGCUAGACUGGUCUUAUGGAAAAAGCGCAUACGAUAUAACUCUCGACAUCAUGGAAAACACGAGUGGAACUGCAUUUAUCACAAUAAACGCACAGGAGUACUUAUACGGCCAGCUGGAAGUGGACAUUAUGAUAAAGGUCUUUGUCAACCUCCUUGAGGCUUUCUCGCGCAAUCCAGCUCUGCAUCUCAAUGAACCACCCCUCUUUAUUGAAUCGGACACUCAGGCUGCGCUUACUCUUGCACGAGGCCCAAAUCUUCCCUCAGACUGGCCAGAAACACUGUCCCACCGUGUGGAGGAGAUCGCACAAAUCCAUGGCGAGAGGGUUGCCGUUAGGGACGAAAGGGGGAAUCAAUCCACCUACCAGGGGAUAAUGGAAGAAAUGCAUCAGAUUGCCAAUGCGCUGUUUAAAGCCGGAGUCAACUGUGGUGAUCGGGUGGCCUUGUUGCAGCAACCUACCACGACGACCAUCGCCACAAUCCUAGCCAUUAUGCACUUGGGAGCAGUGUAUGUACCUCUGGAUCUUCGCAGUCCCACCCCACGGCUGGUGUCAAUAUUAAAGGACUGCAAGCCACGCAUUAUCGUGUAUCACACCGCCACUGAGGAGGAUGCCUCUGCCUUGACACUCGACGAUUCCAUGAGCGUGGAAAUGAUCAACACCUCCACGGUGACUUCCGGAAUCAAGGAGGCUGUAAUUAACAGUGCCUCACCCAAUGCCGAGGCAGUCAUCUUGUAUACGAGCGGCUCUACCGGAACACCAAAGGGGGUCAUUAUGACCCAUUCCUCUAUCAGAAACGUGAUCGAAGUUCUCACAAAGCAAUUUAAUCUCGGUUCUGAGAUAGUUCUCCAACAAAGCGCACUCACCUUUGACCUGUCUCUCAACCAGAUAUUCGUGGCUCUUGCAAAUGGCGGCACACUGCAUGUGGUCGAUCAGUCUCAACGUGGCGACGCCAUGGAAACCACCCGAUUAAUCAAAGAGGCAGGUAUUACCUACACGAUGGCGACUCCGUCUGAGUACUCUUACUGGAUUCGCUAUGGAGCCAGCGAUCUCCAACUCGCGCAGGGUUGGAAUUUGGCAUUUAGCCUGGGCGAAGAGCUCAAACCUAGACUUGUGGAAGAGUUCCGUUCCCUCAACAACCCAAAUUUGCGCCUGAUCAACACGUAUGGUCCUGCAGAAAUCACAGUGCAUUCCCAUGCCAUGGAAAUCCCAUACAUGGACCUCGCGCUGAGCCGGAUUCCGGUGGGACACACUUUGCCAAACUACUCGGUUUACAUCGUCGAUGAAUCCCUCAAGGCUGUACCGCUGGGCAUGCCUGGCGAGAUUUGCGUGGGUGGUGCCGGUGUCAGCCAAGGUUACCUCAACCUGGAUGCCCUGACAAAAGAAUACUUCGUGCCAAACCCAUUUGCACCCUCUGAUUGGGUUACCAAGGGCUGGGACCGGAUGUAUCUCACUGGCGACCGUGGCAGGCUUCGAAAGUUAGACGGUGCUCUUCUCUUCGAUGGACGGAUGGAGGGUAGUACUAAGAUCAAGCUACGCGGUCUACGAAUCGAGCUUGGGGAGGUGGAACACGCUAUCCUGAACGCUGCUGCACCUGCCAUUGACGAGGUCGUGGUCUCCUUACGAGGUGAAGGCAAUGAUUCCGACGAGUUUCUGGUAGCUCAUGCGGUCUUCUCUCGACACCAAGAGCAUGGCAUUGUGGGUGAAGACCGAUAUGACUAUCUUAUUCGGCUGUUGAACAAGCUACCUCUUCCACAAUACAUGGUACCUGCGAUGAUUAUACCCAUCGAUUUUAUGCCGUUGACAAGCCACAACAAGAUCGAUCGCAAAGCCAUCGCGGCCAUGCCUCUGCCGAUGACAGAUAUUGGUCGCGAUAUCAAGGUUGCGUUACAAUUAACGCCCCUGGAGUCGGAACUAGUCGGAGUCUGGGAGACAGUGAUCUCCAAGAACUUGGGCAUGGUUUCAUCGCCUGACUUGAGCUUCUUCCACGCAGGAGGUAACUCCUUGCUUCUCAUUCCUUUGCAGUAUAUGAUCAAAGACAAUUUCCACGCAUCGUUGGCCAUGGUAGACUUUGCAGAGGCACAUACUAUUCGGAAAAUGGCGGCUCGUCUAGAGCAGACGCAGUCUGCAAAGCUGAUCGACUGGGAAGCCGAGACAGAUGUCCAUCUCGAGAGCCUAGUAUCCUCCACACAAAGUGAUAAAGAGGCCAUAGUCCCAGAAAGGAGAAAUGGUAAGGAUCUACGUGUUCUCUACACCGGCGCCACGGGCCACUCGGCGAGGUAUGUUUUGGAUAAAUUGGUAGGAGAUGAGCGGGUCUCCAAAAUCUACUGCGUCGCUGUUCGAUCUCUGAGCAAACUGUCAAAUGGAUCGGAGAAGAUCAUCCAGUUCCCGGGAGACCUUCUCGAUGUGCGACUCGGGUUGACAGAAGAGCAAUUCGACUUCCUCGCCAGCGACGUAGACGUUAUUUUCCAUGCCGCCGCAAACCGUUCUUUCUGGGACAACUACCAAGUCAUGAGAUCAGCCAACGUACUGCCGGCGCACACCCUUAUCAACCUGGCUAUUUCCCGGAAAAUUCCCAUCCACUUUAUGUCUUCUGCCGCCGUUCAUCUCUUCGGCGACAUGCCAGACGGGGAAGACUACCCUGAGAUACAGGCAACAUACCCCCCACCAGCGGACGGCAAAGACGGUUAUCUAGCCUCGAAAUGGGCAGCAGAAAAGAUUUUCGAAAACGCAUCGAGUCACUUUGGGAUCCCUAUAUACAUUCACCGCCCAGGCCCAGUACGGGACCAAGUACAGCAACAAGGUCGUCUCUCGAAAGAGACUGUAUUUGCCGAGUUCAUGCGUGUUGCUCAAGAACUUCAAAUGAAUGUCCCCAAAGGCGGCAUCAAGGGAGAGAUCGACCUUCUCGAACUGACAGGGCUAUCCGAUGUGCUAAGCGACUGUAUCGUCAGAAGCACCGGUCAAGAGUCCGAAGACACGGGUGGGCAGUCCGGUUUGGUGCGAUACUUGAACCAUCACGCUGAUAUGAAAUUGCAGUUGGACGAAUGGGAGGCAUAUUUUGAGGAGCACAAAGGCGAGCUCUCUCAAGUAAAGGCGACAGAGACACAUCAUGCGACAGAGUGGAUUGGGAGGGCGAAGAUGAUUGGAUUCCCUUAUAUGUUGUCAGCGCAGAAUUUUGACUUGACGGGGGAGAGUAGGUUGCCGAUUCUACAGAGGAGGUGA